UUUUUCCUCCCUCGUCAAAAAGCUUCCAACUUUCUCAGAGAUCAACCCCCAAAGUUCUCAGCUCUUUCGUCAACACACAAAUGAAGAACCAAGCAUUGUCUCACUGCUUCAUCGUCCUGGCAGCAGCAGCCAUGGUGAUGAUCAGCCACUCAGCAGCAAGGGUGUUCAAGGUUGGUGAUGAUUUCGGGUGGCAAGAACCAACCAACAACUCUCAGCUCUACACUCAGUGGGCCACCACCAACAGAUUCCAAGUUGGAGAUUCCCUCUUGUUCGAGUACAAGAACGACGAAUCAGUAGCACAAGUGGACAAAUGGGGGUACUACCACUGCAACACGAGCACAGCAACAGCGGUUUUCGACAACGGGAGGAGCAGUUUCGAGCUGGAGCAGCCGGGGCCUUUCUACUUCAUUAGUGGAAACUUCAACCACUGCAACAAUGGGCAGUUACUUGUUGUUGAAGUAAUGUCGAUGCACCAUCCGCAUCAUCCAUCCAUUUCGCCUCAGCCUGCCUAUGCUUAUCCACCAAAACCAGAAGGACCUUCUUCUUCUUCUUCCAUGGUGCCAUCAUCAUCUGAAUCUCAUCAGCCGAAUUCUGCAGUGAUGGUGUCGGUUAUCGUCAGUUCUGUCACUGUUGUUCUCAUUGCCACAUUUGUUGCCCUGUUUUCCUGUGCACCAUGAAACCACCAGAAUUUCUCUUGUUGGGAAUUCUCUCUGUAAUUUGGUUUUUGUUUGGUUUUCUAUAGUGUCAGUCGGAUUCUAGUUGUUGAUUGUUAUUUAUUGUUUGGCUCAUGUUAUAGUUUAUUUAGGAGUUUGAGAUUCUUGGA